UAAUAAAACUGUUUUGUCGUGCUUUUGAGGAAACUAAAUCGGGUGUUUACUUGUGGAUUUCGGUCAAUCACAAUCUCAACAAAUACGCAAUUAUUGCAACUCUAUUGCUUCCCAAUCUAGCAUCGCUUUUAUGAAGCGUAGCUACCGGGCGCGGAAGGCCGUGAAUAGAAAGCAGAGGGAACAAGUUGAACCUCUUAUUUGACUUUUGAGUCGGGAUCAGUUUACUAGUCCAGCGCAGGGGAGUACACAUGGUUAUGGCUUGAUACUAACCAGGGACACCGUGCCAUACAAGAUCAAAAAAUCAACAACUAGGGGAAAACAAACUGGACUUAACAAACCGUGACCAUGUCUCCGCGUCCCCAGAAACUGCCACACUGGACAGGUGCAGGGAGCGGGGCGAUGGCCAACGAUUUUCAGGACAAGAAAAGGAAUUAACACGAAAGAUUUGUUUUAAAAAGGAUACAAUUGUUUCAAGCCUUUCUCCCCCAACAUCGCCUUACUCCAGUUUAUCCCAGGUGGGGAGCGUGAAAGAUCAAGGAUACUUAAGGAACUGGAGGUGGGGUGAGGGGUUAAAGGCAGGGGGGUACGACCUGCAUGUUAUUGCUACAGUAUUGUUAUCUAUGGUGGAUUUUAAGGCGACGUCCGAUAAUACCACUGGCCACAGGAUUACUUCGAUCAGCUUACGAAAGUGGUUUAACUACGACGAAGCCCUCAGUCACAGGAUUAACGGAAUAAAUAUUCCAUUUAGUUAAGUCCAAAAUUCGAUCACUCGCAUGAAAGAGCGCUUUAUAGCGUUUCAGACAAGGGAUAUGUAAACUGGUUAGUGUAUUAAGGUUUAGUAUUGACUCGGAGAAUAUUGGUAUAUUUGCUAUCUAGUAUUUCAACGAUUAUUGAACUGCGGUUGUCUGUAAGACUUGAUAUUAAUAUUCAGAGACGUCACGAGGACCAGUGCCGCUCUGCGGGAGUAGCAUUUAAACCAGCGUGGAGACACGGAGCAGCAAGAGGCAGCAGCCAACUACACCGCACACUAUCACUGGCCAGGACCAUACGUACGGAUACACCAUAAGGCUGAGAUACUACGUUUUAAAUUUUUUACGCAGUUGGAUUACUAGUCAAUCACCGCUUGCUGAACUUGGAGCAAGUUUAUUAUACCUCGUCUUUGAUGUUUGCCGUUGCGCCCCGCUUUCUUUGAGGCGAGGAUCUGCACGGGGUUUCUACGAGGAGCUUGUCGUUUACGCCCGGUUGUAUAAAUGUAAGACAGUUGCAAUGAACGAUGCGGUUGGUGAAUUUGUUAACUUUAACUUUUAUACUGACAUACCUUAGCAAGUUAACUGGCAUCCGAGGCGCCCCAGAGAGAGGAAAACGAACAAUCAAAGGCGUUUACCCCCUGUGUCCACACGGGUGCACUAGCUGUUCGGCGGUCAACGGUUGUGUUACGUGCCGACCAAAGAUGUUCAUGCUCCUUCAGCGUAACGGCAUGCGGCAGACGGGGGUCUGCGUCCACGCGUGUCCAAACGGGUACUAUGGGGUGCGGACACGGUCACUAAGUCAAUGCCACAGAUGCAAAAUAGAAAACUGUGAUAGUUGUUUCAACCGCCAUUACUGUACAUCGUGCCGAGCGCCGUACAUCGCGUACAGAGGGCAGUGUCUGGAGAGCUGUCCAAACGGACUUCACUACGCUAAUUAUUCUAAGGAAUGUUUAGAAAGUAUUGAUUGUAUGGUGGGACCUUGGGGUAGCUGGGGCACCUGCAUGAAGAAAGAACAGACGUGUGGAUACAAAUACGGCACAGAAAGUCGGUCACGAGAAAUCUUACAGCUACCUAUCAAUGGCGUGCCUUGCCAGGCACUACUGGAGUCUCGAAAAUGCCGAAUGAAGAGGAGGCAUUGUAAUACUGAUUUGCUCAGCAACAGUUCAGAACCUUCAGAGGAAAAGUCAAAGGAUCAUAUUGGUAAAAAGAGAAAAAGGAAAAACAAAAACAAAAAGAGGAAACGGAAAAGAGGUAGGGACGAUCGAUUCAAGUGCAGAAGGCGACAAAGGCGGGAAAAAGAGAGACGCGAGAGAGAACAGAGACGGCGCCGAGAACGCGCAGAAAGGCGAAGGCGGAAACAGUUUCUUCGUGAAAGAGAACAAUCUUUAAAAAGUGUCUGGCAAAAUACCACGAACACUUUCAACUCGACAAUGUACAUACCACGACCAACCACUUGACGAGAGAUUAUAAAAUCUCGAUCAGUUAUUUGAUUUAAUUGGUGCUCAUGUUUCCUAUGAAUGCUCAUGUGACAGGCGGAAGUCUUAAUAUGUUUCAGCGAUUUCUAUCAGGCAUUUGAUGAAAUGGAAUUUGUGCGAGCCGCCUUCAUACCCGAUGCUCGAAAAACACUUUGAUAUAGACGCGGUUAUGAACUUUGAUAUUUGACCUUUCAUUUGGCAGAUUGGCAAACGAUUGUAAAGAUAAAGAUGCAGCUGUUUUUUCCGCAUAGCCCAAAUAGAUAAUCAUAUAUAGAAAACAGAUCCCAUUACUUGAAGAUGAGGUUUGGUGUGUCUACGCAUUCUUGCAACCCUAGCACACGUAAAUGAGGCCCUGUUCAAUAAAAUCUGCUCCGAUGGAUAUCUAUCGCUAUAGUGUAUACAUCGUGCGUUAUAUGGCUACUUGAAACCCCUUUAUGACAGUGCAAUGUGUAAACCAAUGGCAACAGAUUUUCUGAGUUUCCACAUCCAGAGUUGCCAAAUGCUGUACUUCCCAAGUCUGUCUUAGGACAAGUAUAUAUAUAUAUAUAUAUAUAUAUAUAUAUAUAUAUAUAUAUACCCAUGUAUGACCACUUAAGGAUCCUUGGGUUUUAUCCUAGGGUUUUAGUACGCUCAAUUUUGUUACAGCAAACAGGGUGUACUUUUCGACGAACGGUCAACCCAGGUAUACUUGAACCUAUGUUCACCUAGGUUAAAAGGAGGGUUGUGAUAAAUGCUUGAAACAGUAUUUAUAACGAGCAUAGUUUCUACUACUAUAUUAAUGUGAUUACCUUUACAUUUUUGGUCUAACUUAAUGACGAGACAGUGCGUAUUUGUUGGAUGUUUGCUAUUGAUCAGCAUAUACAGAUGCCUAUUAUUGGUAAAACUUUCAAGAGAAAGGUAGACAAUUUGUUGGCGGGAAAUGCUGUAAAAAGGUUAUAAUCCCAUUUUUGAUGUUUCAGCAUGUAGACCAAUGUCAUAUCCAUCUUAUUCUCAAUUCAAAGACCGCACAUAAAUCUGUUCUGUAAAUCAGUAUUUGGUACCUGGUGAGCCCGACCUUGAUUCUGUGUUAGCUUCUUUGACAAUCGCUAUUAACUGCCUCCCUAUGCAAUCACUUUAUUUUUUAGUUUUUCCAAUUGGCCCUGUUUUGACAUUUUAAAAAUCAAAUAUCUGACAACAGCAAUGUUAGUCAAAUAUGAAAAGCCUUUGUUUUAACGCAACAAAUUCGUUUAUUUCAUUUUAGAGCCUGUCAGUGAAAAGAAAAACUCAAAUUAAUAGUCUAAGGUCUGUUGUCUAAGUUACAACCUUUGACAACCUUUCCUUUUUGUACAUUUGAGAAAGUCUUUGCCUCUUUUGUUUAGGGUAUAGUAUAGUGAUAUACUGUAAUUAAACGAGCUAUAAAAUAUGGAAAAAACUGAGGGAUAUUGGUUAGAUAUCUGUAGAGGUAAAAAAGUCUAUAUCUCACCUGGACAGUUACUAAUAGACACAUAAAGCAAAUCUUUUAAAGCUUGGAAUACAAUUUCAGUUGUACUAGUCAUUUAAUCGUAUAAUCUGUAAAUAUAUAUAUAUAAUUAUAAUAUAUAUAUAUACAUACAUAUGAAACCAGGUAGCGUUCUACAAACGCCUUAUUUAUAUAAACUUAAAUUAGCUUUUGAUAUUUUUGUGAAGAAGUUUAUGAUAUGAUGUAAUACAUUGAAAGGGUUACUUAUAAACAAGUCCCUUAAAAUUUAUUUAUAUCAGCUCCACAGUCAGCAAUCGGUGAGAUGACAGUUCUUUAAGGAUAGGUUCAAAAGUAUGCUAGCACGUUCUUGAAAUAUGAAAUAAAUUGAAAUGUACAAAGUUGUUACGAAAGCAAUGUGAAAUAAAAACAAAUGCUUUUUCGC